AUGCGGGCGGGAGCAUGCCCUGGGCGUGACUCGUCAUACCUUCCGGUUGUGGAAGCUGCGGCCCAAGCGAUGGAGAGAGGGGAAAAAGCGAAAGAAACCCUGGGCGAGGACACGGGAGAGCCAGAGCGCAAAGGAGAUGAUCCUGACGACAUCAAUCCCCGGGAGUACGUGUCGGCGGAGCCCUCCAACAAGGGUUUCUUUGAUGCCGUCGCCAACGAACUUCGGGAGUUGGCAGACGAAGCCAAGCGGGAGGCUGAGGAAGAAGCUGCGCAAGCUGGGCACGGGCCAACCGGGCACACAAGCAAUGGACUGUUUGGCUCUGAGACCGUGGAGGUCGAAGACGUGGAAGCCGCAGAAGCUCUAGACUCCGGAGAAGACGAAGAAGAGGACGACAUCGACGCCGGUGACGGUGCCUAUGGAUGUAUUGGCGGCUGGGUCAAGAAAACAACCACGAAGGCCAAGUCCGGGGCCCAGAGCGCGGCCAACAAGACGAAGAAGGCGGCCCAGGCGGCUGCCCGAAAAGCGAAACGGGAGGCGAAGAGAAUUUCCAAGGACGCAGCGCGCAGAGCUGAAGCAGCAGCCCUUCAAGCCAAGAGGGAAGCGGAGAAGGCUGCAAAGGCCAUGGCUCAAGCCGCCGAACAAACAAAGAAGGCAGGAGCGCUUGUUGCAAACGAGGUAGUCGACAAGGCGAAGAUAGCGGCGGAUGUGGCGAAGCAGGCCGCGGAGGGUGCCGGGACGCUGGCGGAAGACGCCGUGAACGAGGUGGGAGAUGUGGCGGGUGACAUCAAGGACGGAGUCCAGGACGCGGCCGGCACUGUGAAGGACGGCAUCGUUAACGCGGCCGACAAGGUGCCAAACGCUGUGCUUUCUUAUGCCUUCCUUUCUCUUGCCUCGGGUUGA